AUGUAUAUGGACCUUGAAUCAGACGUGCCAGCGCCGGAGUUCCCUCGUAUGAUGCAGUUGGUUGUUCUCAAUUUGUACCGGCUACGCUUCUUCGAGUUCAAGACCCAGGACCGAUAUGGCCUGGGGCGCGUAAGACGACUGCUGGACCACCGUGUAGCACCUAGGCUCACCUAUCUCCACCUACGUACAUUCGACAUGGAUCCCAACGUCAUCGUCUUCCAACCAAACCCAAAGCGGGGUCGCAUCUUGACCUCGGGCGCCCCCGUCCUGCAGACCUUGCGGUUGGAGGGAACGGAUCUCCCGCGGCAUACAGGCUGCUUGAGCUCCCUUACUACUCUGGAGCUCAGAAUUCGAUUGGAUGCGCCCCUCACCCUGAAUGACCUGAUAUCUGCUCUUGCUCCAUGUCACGGGACCCUUGAGAAUCUCAUCUUCUGCGGAGGUGUCGACCGGUUUGACAUGGCAACGACGGCUGGUACCUUGCCAUCUAUGACAGACCCCAGUCUCUGUCUUCACGCGCUCAAGUCUCUGACAUUGGUGACUGCAGACUUUGCCAUUCUCUGCGAGCACCUCGAAGCAUCAAACCUCACCGUGCUGGAUGUAGACAUAGACUCUUUCUUGUGGAGACCCGAAGAUACCCUCGCCUUUCCUGUAUGUCUCAGACUUCCAGACGGGACUCCGCGCUUUCCAAAGGUCGAGGUCCUGCACCUGUGGGGCUUCUUCGACGAAGCUAUAACAAACAGCAUGACAGAGGAAUUUUUUUUCGUUCUUCCCGAGGUCAAAGACCUCCGCAUUGCCAGAGCAUCUGGCAAUAGCUUCCUUCGGAUCCUCUCGCGCUCCGCUAGUCGGAAUUUUUGGCCGAAGUUGGAAACCUUGACGCUCUCGCUGCCGCGUCCGGACCUCUUGAAGAAGUUCAUGAGGGCUCGGUACCUUGCUCAGGUUCCUGUGAAAAAUUUGUCUCUGUGCGAUCAUACAGACAACCUGCGGACACUGGAUACCUUUGUGGAAUUUGGACUGCAGAAGUUCUCACUGUAUCGCAAGGGAAAGUCGCGAAGAUAUGUCGCUCCUUCCAUCUCUGACGACGAAUGCGCGGAUUACGAGUACCAAACCUCGGAUUGUACGUCAGGAUCGGAGUUGGACGAUAGCAGCGACUCUUCAUGA